AUGGUCCUCCUCCUCAUCUUCAUUCAUCCUCUGCAUGUCCUGUCCGCUGUGCCACGCGUGCACUGUACUGGCCGCGAGCUGCUGCCACCAGAGAUCUCCCAAGUCCCGGCCUUCACUCACUUGCUGAUCUUCACGCAGUCUUACCUGGUGGAACAGACCACGCCAGCUUUCCUUGUCCUAUCUGACUCGAUCUCCAUGGUCUCGGGCAUUGUGUUCGAAGACCUUGAUCUGGACUUCGGUGACCUGGGCUCCAACAUUACAUGGACGGAGCCGGGCGUCUACCAGCAGGUCACGGAGUACUACGUCUACCUUGCGGAUGGUUCGAUGCCCUUGAAAAGCUUGAGCGACAAUGGUCAUCUUCCGUGGUCAGGACGUUCACAGCUUGGCGUGGUGCCAGUGGGUACCGACCUGCUUUUCGUGCCUCCCGAGACCCCCCGGAAUGGCUACAGCCACGUUGUGAUCUAUGCGUCCUCCGCUUUGGUCGAGCAAACCACGCCGCAGUAUCACCUAAUCCACGAUGCCAAUGCCAGCGUCUCGAAUGUUGACUUUGUUGGCAAAGAUCUGGACUUGGAGGACCUUGGCGGCGUGGUGAGUUGGACUGCGCCCGGCUCUGAUUGGGAUCGAGUGUUGGCCUAUGUCGUUUAUUUGUCCUUAGACGACAUCGGGACGAAUCGGUCGCAGAUCGAGCAGGACGUUCCGUUCGGGACAAACAUGCUCCUGACACCUGCAGAAACACCUCGCAAUGCUUAUACGCGCUUCGUGGUGUACACCAAGUCAGUUCUCGCGGAGCAGACCACUCCAACUGCACACAGCCUCUUCGACACCAGCGCUCUGCCCCAAAAUCUGGAUUUCCUAGACAUCGAUGUGGACCGCGGGGAACUUGCGGGCAACCUCACUUGGGAUCCGCCAACCGACGAGUUCCAUGUUAUCCGGUACAACGUCUAUUUGUCUGAGAAUGCUUAUGGUCACGGCCGCCAAUACUUGGGAAACGUUUCUGUGGGCAUCUACGAGUUCUUCAUCCCGUUGGACACACCACUGGACAACCACACGCAUCUUCUGGUGUAUUCGGAGUCAACACUCGCCGAGAUGACGACUCCAGCUGCCCUCGAACUUAUAGACUCAAUUGCAAUUGUGGAGAACAUCACGCUCUUCGAUCGGGAUCUUGACGAAUUCGAAGUUGGCGGGGAGAUCACCUGGGAUCCUCCUCCGGACGAGCGGAUCGUGGAUGUGUAUCGUGUUUUCUUCCAAAGCGACCGAGCUGGAACAGUCAAAUUCCAGCUAGACAGCGACAAGCCUCGAGGAGACCUGCAAGUGAGUUUUGCAGAAAACACGAACAUCAGCGGCAUGGCGUACAUUGGUAUCUUCAUCACUGCUUUCGGCAACGAACAACAGACACCGAGCAGCGUGGCCAUCGCUGAGACGAUUUCGUCUGUGGGCUUCGUCUCCUUUCCCGACAGAGACCUGGACCGGUUGGAGAUUGGAGGCACCCUGUCCUGGGGCCCUCCCUUUGACGUGAAUUUCAACCAGGACUACGUGGUGUACAUGGCAACCACCGCAGCUGGUGGCGGAAGAUCUGCAACCCCUUUCGGCGUGGUGCCAGUUGGGACCAACUCUUUCUCUGUGCCAGUGGACACCAUGUUCAACGACUACACGCAUUGGGUUGUCUACACUCGGUCCGUCGCGUACGAGCAGACCACCCCCGUAGGCAUACAGAUUUUGGACCAAGAUGUUCUCGUCUCAGAUUUGAGCUUCGUUGACUUCGACCUGGAUCCAAACAUGAUUGGAGGAAGCAUUGAGUGGUCGAUUCCGGCAGACACUUCUGCUGCCACGCAGUACAACAUCUACUUCUCGUAUGGAGCUGAUUACAAUGACUCCAGCAUCCGAGAUGUGUUCGUAUCCGGCCUAGCCACCACAGCGACUCGGCAAACAGUCCCAGCUGGAACGUCCAAGUUCAGCCAGGAGUUCAUCGAGGAAGUGACCUGCAACUUCACCAUUGCAGACACUGUGUUAAGCAUCGUCUACAACGGAGUUGACAUCACGCACGCCGGGAACGGCACCCUGACGGACUGGACGAGCACAAAGCGCCUCUCUUUCCGAAAGGUGCCUGGGGCCUACCUGGUGAUCUCGGGGAGCAGUGUGAUCGAUUCGAGUUGGUGUUCCCCUACUGAAGAUGUCUGCAUCGCCGGAAAGCACUCGGUGGGAGAUUUUAACUUCUGCCUCUACGCUGGCUUCAGCAUUCGCUGUUCCGAUGGGCUGACUGGCGCAAGCGGUUGGGAGGCAUAUGGCUCCAACACUGGUGUUGACGCCAUACACCAGGCUGGCCUCGGCUCGGGAUGGGUGCAAAGCCCGUGCAUCUCCGAAUCCGGAUUCUACCUGGUGGACGACGACGAAGGUGCCAAGAUCUGGGCCGGUGGUGGGGAGCGGCACGCCGCCUUCAGAUGGCAAAGCAUGCCCGUUGCACCCACAAGCAACGAGACGUACAACUACAUCAUGCUCUUUGCGGAGUCUACCUUGGCCGAGCAGACGACUCCGGCGGUUCUUGCCAUUGAUGACGGCGUGUCCAGCGUGACAGCCCUCAGAUUCGUCGACGAGGACUUGUGCCCAGAUCAGAUGGGUGGAGAGGUUCGCUGGACUGGCGAGGGAUACCUUCCUCGUGUGUCCUCCUACUCGGUCUACUUUGCUCUGGCUCCCAGUGGAAUCGGCCGGUCUCUUCUGGGCCAGGGGUUGAUUGGCACUACGAGCCUGAUCAUUCCUCAGGCCACUCUACUGCAGCAAAACUUUACAGAUGUCGUCAUCUACAUUGAGUCAUCUCUGGUUCAGCAGCGCAGCCCUGCAAUGAGUAUUCCCUUGGUGGACGAUUUCGAGGCCUCGUGCGAGUCGGUGUGCGCUGCAGGGGGCACUGUGACCAUAGGCGACAAGUGCUCCCCGCUGCAAGGCGUCAUUACAGGUGGUGCAAGCGUCCAGCCCGAGCCGGAGUCCGUCACUGACCUGACGCCACCACGUCUCUCCACCGUUGUCGCACAAGCGCCAGGCGACGUGGUCCUCAUCUCCUCAGAGGAGAACCAGGCCGACAACACCAAGAAGACUUUCAUGGUCAUGGAAGGAAUCAGCCCGGUCAAUCUGGGGACUUUGCUUCGGAAGUUGUCGAUUCCCCGCGACUUCGACAUUCUGAAGAUGCCACAAGUUGACAACGUCGACCUGCCGAUGUUGGACACCCUUCUGCACGGCACAAACUCUCCCGGAUUUAUGAUGGCUGAAGUGACUGACGAGAUCUCGCCUCCAUUGCAGCUUGACUUCGGAAUGUAA